CCGGGCAAUUUCGUCCCCCACGGAACCUUCGAUUUCGAGCUCCGAACUCAAAAAAGAAAAAACACAUCUCAGAAUCCCCAAAUUUCAAUCUUACUUUCGAUUCCUCAAAAUUCAAUCCAACUUCGAUUCAGCUUCUAUUCGCAGGACGAGUAUUUGUUUAUUCCUAGUUGCAAUACAAGGAUUUGGGUGCUUACGUGUGCAGGUGAAAAUGCUUAUUUAUUGAACAUGCUUGUUUCCUUUGAGCAGUGCUCGUGCUUCUAACAGUAUACCGUUCUGCCAUUCUCAUCAAGACAUUUAAGUGUGUUAUUGAUGUGCUAUUGUACUGAAAUAUUGUCAUGCACCACUGGGUUUACUGGGGUUAUAAGGCAGAGGGUGUGUGGAAACUGGUGCUAUGGCAGCAUCUAGUAAGUUUGACAUGUCUUCUAGCCCAGAUAGGAAAUUAUAUGUGCAGCGUGGAUCAUACACAGCUGCUUUGUUGGACAGAUCUGCUAGCUUCCAUGAGAACAUGGAGAACCCAAUUUUAUCAGCCCUUCCCAGCAUGUCAAGAAGCAGUUCUACGAUAGCACAAGGAGACGUAGUGAACUUCUUCCAGUGCCUGCCGUCUGAUCCAAAGUCAAGGGCCGCAGACCACAAAUUUAUCCGACAAGUGGAUAUUCAUCGGCUCAUAUGUGUUGCUUUUGGUGUUCCAGUGGAUGAGUCUCCAUCUGGCUCUUCUAAAGGCAAGCCAUUGCCUUCCUCAAUAGAGGAUCUCAAACAGCUCAAGACUGUUCUUUGUGAAAGCUCCAUUAAGGCUGCUAGGGAGCGUUUGAAGAUUUUCAAUAACGCUUUGUCUGUAAUGAACAAGUGCUUCCCUAGUGUUCCAUCAAGGAAGAGAUCCCGAUCAGAUCUCGUGUGUACUGAACGAUCCAAUUCCAUAUUUCCUACUGAUCGGGCUGUUCUAGGGUCAGGCAUGGGUAAGAUGGGAACCCAAAUUCAUGCCAUUGGAAGUGGUUUUGAACUUGAUCCUCAAAAGUCGGAAGAAAGGACUAAAAUUGCCAUUCCCAACAAGCGGACUCGGACUUCUAUGCUGGAUGUCAGGACUGAUGUACGAGCAAAUACUCCUGCCAGACCAUCUGGGAAUGUGGAUAGAGAUAGGGAAGUGCUAAGAAUUCCUAGUAGUGUUGCAGCUCAGUGUGAAGAUCGACCAUUAUCAAUCAAUGUUGAUGGCUGGGAAAGGUCAAAGAUGAAGAAGAAGCGAUCUGUAAUAAAGCCAGAUGUUUCUCCUAGCACGGUGGCUGCAAAACCUGUUGAUGGUUACAGGGAAACCAAACAAGGAAUGCAACCAAGACUUCUUACUGAUGCUCGAUCAAGACUAAAUGAUUCUCAUGGGUUUAGGCCAGGAAUUGCUAAUGGAGCUAUUGGAGCUGGUAAAGCUGAUGGCAUCUUGCAACCGACUAGCUUGGGCAUGCGAUCUUCCAAGGCUGAUCAGGACAACAGUUCCUUUCUCCAUGAUAGAAGAGAUCGUCCUGCUGCAUUGGAUAAAGAAAGGGUGAAUCUCAAAGCUGUGAACAAGACAAAUGCCCGGGAAGAUUUUGGUUCAGCUACCACUACAAACACAAAAAUGAAUUCAUCUGUCCGCGGACCACGAUCUGGUUCAAAUGUUUUGCACAAGUUGUCACCAAUUGUUCAACGAACUACCAUGUCUAACGACUGGGAAUCUUCUCAUUGUACAAGCAAGGUCCCUACUACUGUUGGAUCUAACAAUCGUAAACGAACACAAUCUAUGCGGCCAUCAUCACCACCUGUUGCCCACUGGGCUGGCCAAAGGUCACAAAAGAGUUCCCGUACUGCUAGAAGAACAAAUUUUGUUCCUAUAGUUUCAAGUAAUGAUGAGAGCCAUGGUUUGGAUGCUAUGUCUGAUGUUGCUGGUAAUGAAAAUGGUAGUGGCAUACUGAGGCGCUUGCCCAGUAAUUCUCCACAACAAGUUAAAUCCAAGAGUGACCUUUUCUCAGCCGCUGCAUUAUCUGAAAGUGAGGAGUCUGGAGCUGCUGAAAUAAAAUCUGGGGAUAAGGUUAAGAAGAAUGAUGAAGUGCAUGAGAAACCCAGUCACAAUGUUCAGAAGGUUUCGACUUUGGUGCUGCAACCUAGAAAGAAUAAGUUGGUUAAUGGGGAUGACCUUGGAGAUGGUGUUCGUAGACAAGGGAGGAGUGGGCGUGGCUUUACUUCCUCGAGAUCUCUCAUGCCAAUGGCAGUGGAAAGGCUUAGCAAUGUGGGCACUGCUAAACAACUAAGGACCAUGAAACUUGGUUUUGACAAGACUGAAAGCAAAGCAGGUCGUCCACCGACUCGGAGACUUUCUGACCGGAAGCCUCAUACACGUCAAAAGCACAGUACAAUCAGUGCAGCAACAGAUUUUCAUGUUGGAUCAGAUAAUGGGCAUGACGAGCUAUUGGCUGCUGCAGCUGCUAUUGCUCAUUGCUUUUCCAGCCCAUUCUGGAGGCAGAUGGAGCCAUUCUUUGGUUUCAUAUCAGAUGCAGACAUGGACUACUUGAAGCAGCAGUUUUUAUUGUUGCAGGGGAAUCUUGUGUCAACUGUGCCAACACCAGUGCCUCUGUGUGUUGAUAGUUCCAAAACUGCCCCUGAUGGAUCUGGGUUGAUUGAAAACAAUGGAGAUUCGAAAGAAACAGAAAAGGUUGAACUGGCAAAUAAAGAGAUUCCACUUUGCCAAAGGCUCAUUGCAGCUCUAAUUUCAGAAGAAGGAAAUGAAGAGCUUUAUUACAGUGGGAGCGAAGGGCAUGAAGUUGAUGUUUACAGAUAUGGAUUUGAGCUGGACACAGUAGAAUCUAAUGAUUUGAACCACCAGUCAUUGGGCAACUUGCAGCAUACUGAAUGUACUGGUUUUAAUGGUUAUAGGAUAACUGCCAAUGAGAGAUCCAAUAGUGAGCUUGAGUGCAGUGUGCUAGAUACUGACAUGGUGGUUGUACCAGAGAAAAAUACAAUUCCCAAUGUUGAAUACUUACAAAAUGGUUUACUUUCUGGUCAAGCAAUAACACCUGAGAUAACCUGUUCUGAGUUUCAGUAUGGUAACAUGUCGCUAGAUGAAAGAGUUCUCCUGGAGAUGCAAAGCAUUGGGCUUUAUCUAGAGCCAGUGCCUGAUUUAACCCAGACUGUUGAUGAAGAAAUUGGUGAAGAUAUCAGUAGACUGGAGGAAAGAUACCACGAGCAGGUUCGCAAGAAGAAAGCCUUACUUGGAAAAUUGUUGAACUCUGCCAUGGAGACAAGAGAGCAUCAAGAAAAGGCAUUUGAACAUCGUGCUCUUGACAAGCUCGUAACCAUGGCUUAUGAGAAGUAUAUGCAGACUUAUUGGCGUCCCCAUGCCUCUGGAGGCAAGAGUGCGAGCAGCAAGAUGGCCAAACAAGCUGCUUUAGCUUUUGUUAAGCGCACAUUAGAACGAUGCCAGAAAUUUGAAGACACAGGCAAGAGCUGCUUUAGCGAGCCUUUGUUUAGGGAUAUGUUCCGUUCUGGCUUGUCCCACCUCAAUGAUGCACAGCCAGGUGAUUCUAAUGCCGAUGGUGAAUCUGGCAAACAAUAUGCCAGCACGUCUGGUUGUGCUAUGGAAGCUAGAGUCUCAGCUGCAAUGGGAACUCAGCAAAGCCCUUCUCCCAACAGCCACGAUGUUUAUUCUUCUAAUGCACUCAUUUCUAUAAAUCAUUCUUCUGCACAAUCUAUUGGUAAGGAAGAAACGUGGUCUAACAGGGCGAAGAGAAGGGAAUUAUCACUUGAUGACGUUGGAGGUAUAAUUGGUACCUCCACUUCCCCUUCAGGUAUUGGGAAUUCUCUUUCGAGCAGUGCAAAGGGCAAGAGAAGUGAGAGGGAUAGAGAUGGCAAAGGGAACAGCAGAGAGGUGUUAUCUAGAAAUGGAACAACUAGAAUUGGUCGGCCCACAUCAGGCAAUAUUAAGGGGGAAAGAAAAUCUAAAACAAAGCCUAAGCAGAAAACUUCUGUUAAUGGUCUACUUGGGAAGUUACCGGAGCAACCUAAAGCAACAUUGUCUUCAGUACCACAUUCAAGUGAGACUACUACAAGUGGCAACAUUAAGGAAAAGGAUCAGCUGAGAUUGGAUGAUUCUGAGGCCAUUGAUUUAUCCCACCUGCAACUCCCUGGAGUGGAUGUUCUAGGUGUUCCUGAUGAUCUUGGUGGUCAAGGGCAGGACAUUGGCUCAUGGUUGAACAUAGAUGAUGUUGAUGGAUUACAAGAUCAUGAGGAUUAUAAUGGCCUUGAGAUUCCAAUGGAUGACCUGGCAGACUUAAAUAUGAUGGUUUAAAGUUGCUUUUUCUUUGUAUAUUCCUGUUCUUUAUUCUAUUUAAGGAAGAACAAAACAGUGUCUUCAAGAAAUGACCAACUACUAGGGUGGUCAUUUAACUGUUUAGUCACCAUAGAGUGUAGAUUAUCCCCGAGAGGUAUGCACAAGUUGUUACUGAGUGAACCCAUCAGAUUUUUCUCUUCUUUAAGCUGUGACUUUGACUGUAAAGAUCUUUUUGCUCAAGGUAAAAGCCAGUGUGUCUUAGUCAUUAUAUCUUAGUAAAAGCUGUAGUCCGUUUGUAGCAUUUACAGAUCAGGGAAGAAUGCCUUUGUACAUAAUCAUUUUACAUUUCCAAUAAAAUCGACUUUUCAUUCAAA